UUCUGGGCUCAGGCUGUCAGAGCCUGAGUUUCUGAUUCUAUUGCUCUGGUCUGCUCGGCUUGUUUUCAUGAACAGCAAGGCUACAGCUAACGCCUCACUGCGGGGGUCCGACAGCAAAAGGUGAGGCUAGCCUCCCAGCCCCACCCUUCAUUACCAUGGAUGCCUGUGCCAGGAUCAAAGGUGUUCCACUCAAGAACCGUGCCACCAUCAGAAAGGAGACUGUCCGUGAGAACUCAGCUCUGUCCUUAAGGAGCCUUUUGAAGAACCGGAAGGAGCUGAGCAAUGUCAUGCCAGAGCUACAUAGUAGAGAAUCACAGUGUCUGCCAGAGAUCCAUUUUGUAUGCUUACCUAGUCAUGCUGAGGGUGAGGAUUUCACACUACAGGCUCUGACCUCUCUUUCUGCUGAAUUGAUGGAGUUGCUAAGAUCACUGCAUAUACACACUCUAAAGGAUGAAGAAGUGCUGUUCCUUAAAGACCCCAAACGACCUUUUGAAAGAAAAGAUGGCGUUUCACAGGCAGGCUUAUCCAGAGCCAUGUGUAUAUUAAGGCAGGGGGGCUCUCCACAAAUCAGUACUAUCCUGGGUCUACUAACACGGUAUACAGCAGGAAUCAGAUAUGCUCUGGAGUUACAGUCUCUGCAGAGGGGCAUAUCAGAGGCUUGUCAAGCUGAGGAUGAUGACACUAACCAGUCUGUUUCAUCUAUUGAGGAGGACUUUGUCACCGCUUUUGAACACCUUGAGGAAGAGGAGACAGAGUGUGCAACUUUCUACAGUAAGCGGAACCAGAGGGACGUGGCCUCCCAGACUCUUCCUCCUCAUUUCAAAGAUUUAUCUGGCUCUCGGAUCAUCAUUAGUUCUAUUUCUAAGAAGUCUGUGAAUAAAGAAAAGUCGGCUGCAGCUGUGUCAGGAACAAAACAGAAGGCACCACCUUCAUGGUCUGGAGGUACAGAGGGCCCAUGGAGUCUCUCAAUGCCAAGCAGCCCACCAAAAGCGUGCAUUACCUCCACAUCUCUCACAGAAUCUGAUGAGUCAGACUGCUCUAGUCCAAGCCCUAUCAUUUUUUUGGAUGAAAUUGGUUAUCAGAAGAGUCUAAAGGCAAAGCUUGACAUUCCCAAGAUCCCUGUUCUAAAAGAGGGAGUAGAAGAUUCUGACUCAGAAGUUAGUGAGUUUUUUGAUAGUUUUGAUCAGUUUGAUGAUCUGGAUCAGCAUUUUGAGUCCUGCGUGCAGAUGCCAAAGGAACAGGCCCUCUUUUCCCAGAAAAAGAAGCAGUCUGACAGCUCUGUUAGUAAAUAUGCUUCAAAGGUUGGCUCAACAACAGUAAUGAAUCCUCACAAGUUUGACCACAGGACACUCCCAGCCAAUGUCAAGAAACCCACUCCACUUAAACCAGGAUCACCAUACAAUAUACAGUCAGAUGCCCCAGAUUCUCCACGGCCAACGAGGACCUCCUGUGAGGAGAGUGGGGGACUUUUCAGUCCAGUUCGCUCAUCAGCUUUCAGUCCUCUGGGAGAAGGAGGAGCCUUGGAGUGUUUUUGGAAAGUAGAUGGAGAUGGUUCUGAAUUGCGCAAACCGCAGGACCUUUGUUCCCUAUAUAAAACGUAUUCAGAUUUUGCAAACAAUCUCUCAAAGGAAAUCCUUGGAACUGUUUGUGGGUACUCAUCUCCCAUUGACAUUAAUAUUAAUAAGAACUUGAGCUGUGUGUGUCAUAAAGAAUUCAAAAACACUAAUGGACAUCUUAUGAAGCUGUCAGAUAUUCAGGAGACAGUCACCAUUGCCAAAACACAGUCACAGUCAUUGAAGGAUGGGAUUCAGAAGUUUGCCACAGACUUGGUUGAAAUGAGCAUUGGGAGUGCCUUAAGGGAUUUACAGAAAGGAGUGUCCUCCUGCACUACAACACUUUGCCAUUUAGCUGCAAGGCUGACCUCUUCAGUGUUCCAGAUGGCCUUCCAAGAGAUAGGAAUGCGCCAUGCUUAUGUGUUAAAAGAGCGUGCCAUAAACGGAUUGGCCAGCUUCCUUGUUGGAGAAGCGGUCUCAGGUGCUCUAAAAGAGUUCCUGUUUGUAAAAAAGCAGAUAUUCAACAACACCGUCACCAGAUUUGCAAGUGAUCUUGCUGAGGAACUAAUAUUUGAGAGUAUUAUGGAGGUUUGUCAGUUUUCACAUCCUUCUACACCUCUUAGCCCAAGAGACUGGUCUUUUGACCAAGAAGAGGAAGUGGUUUGUUCUUAUGCUUCAGACCUUUCUGAGUCAGUUCUCCAAGAGGCUUUCAUAGAACUUUCUCAAGCUGAUGUGACUUUCACAACACAGGCAGCCAUAAGCGUGUCACUGGACAAUAUCUGCUAUGUCAGUGCUGAAGACACAUCCCAGACAAUGAAAAUUUGCAAUGCCCGAUCCAGUUAUCAGGAACCGCGGUCACAUGCGCAGGCUGGGACCCAAGAAGAAGAUGGCUGCACUGUAAAGAAAGCUUUGUACUGCGUAUCUGGAAUGGCCAGUUGUGUUCCAGUCCCUGCAGCUGGCAAGGCUAUAUCCUUCCUGCACAACCCAGAGGAAACUUGUCAUUAUAAGUCCAGCAUUAGUCACACAUGCCAGACUAGCCCCAAAAGAAGCAUUUGUUCUCAAGGAAGAGCAGUGACGUCCACCUCAGAUACUGCAACACCAUCUGAAUCAGUACCGAGUAUUUCCAAAAUUCAUAAUGCCUGUGGUCAUUUUGGAAACACUGGAACUACUUCUGGGAAAUCUGCAACUGGAAAAAGUUUUCACAACUUUUCAGGUGCUAUGGUGGACACAAUAGUGAGUGAAGCAUUUGACAUCAUGACCACAAGCAAAAUGAAGAAAAAAGUGGAAGAUUGUGCCGAUUUCUUGAGUAAAACUAUAGGGUGUCGAAUGGCCACUUCAGGUAGUGGUGUAGCCGCAAAGUCACAAGAUGUUGCAUGUCAGAGUUCAGCACCUUAUGACUUAUGUUUCUCUCAGAAUAUUGUAUCAUUUGUUCCUAAAGGAGGUGUGACAGAUUCAUCAUCCUUUUGUCCUCCUCAGCCUCACUUGAGUUUUGGAUCAAAGAACACAGAUAAAGCAGGUUGUGAGUCUGUCUCAAGAUGUAUACGUCCAGCCAGCAAAUCCACCCCAGAGGUACACUCCACCAUAAUCAAGGAUACUUUGGAAGUGCCAAGUUUUGAAGUCAGUGUUCGUGGGAGCCGAAAAGUUGUCACAGAGGAGGUAUCCAGUAGCAACACUGGAGCAAAAUCCAGUGGAACUCCAGGCACUCCACCAUCAACUCCACAGCAGCCAUCUGACAUCUCUAGUGAGAAACAGAUUAAACAGUUCUCAAAGAAACUCAAAGGCAAGCUUGCAAAGGAAUUCUCCCCUGCAACACCCCCACCAACCCCACAUUACCAGCCCACUCCAGGUCUCAAAGAUGAGGGCUCUGAAUCAGACAAAGCAGAAUUCAUGCUGAAGCUCAUGAGGUCCCUUUCUGAAGAAGCUGUCAACAAUGAAGAUGAAGAUGAUGACCAGGAAGAUGGCCUUGACUCUGGAGACCAUUAUGCAGAGCUAACUCCCAGUGUGGGAAACAGAACAAUUGAGAGAGGAGCUCUACAUUUUGCAGAGCGUUUGGCAUGCCAUAUUGUAUCCAUGGCAACCGAGAUGGACACUGUAAGCUUUGGUGAUGGUGUGAAAAAGCAGGGGGAUGAUGAAGGCAAAGGCGGAGUUGCUUUGCACAGUGCACAGUUCUCGGAACAGACAUUGAACUCCUUGUGGACUUAUGCUGGUGAAAUCGCUGGGGAAGUCAUCAGUGACGUAAAAAGGAUGAUGAGUUCCAGCCAUUGCCGCCACAAAGCAACCAAACGAGGAUCUAGUAAGGCAGAUAACCGCCUGGGUGGUGACCAGAAAGACUGUCGCUUGACCAAUAUGACUGUUCAGUGGUCAAAUGAUUUCCUUGCACCCAUCCUUAAUCAUCAAAGAAGCACUUCAAGUGGAAUGUCAUCUGAGUACCCAAGCUGUGAAAGUGUUACGGAUGAGUAUGCAGGGUACGUUAUCAAGGUGCUUAAGAAAGAAGGCGGAAGUCGAGAACUUAUCUUGGAUCAAUAUGCCAGUCGAUUGGCUUAUAGGUCAAUCAAAUCAGGUCUGGCUCAUGCUGCUCGUAAAAUAAAACAGAGGUCACCUUUGAGGCUUCACUCAACUCGACGUUUACACCAUGAUGGCAGCCAUAAUGUCUGUAGAAUUCCAUCAUCUGAGUCGUCCCCUUCUGUUCUUGCCCAAGGAAAAGAAAGCCCAUCAAGUGAAUCCAUGUUGUGCGCUUGUCAGGAUGGGGAAAACAUGAAUAGGAAUGAAUACAUGGAACUUGUGAACUUUGCAGAGUCGCUUGCGUACAAUAUUACAUGUGAUGUCACAAGAAAGCUAAGAAUGUCAUCAGCUAGGCUUCCUAAAUCUCUUACUGACUCCUGUCUCUACAGAAAGCCAAAUGUUGAAGAAAUGGCAGAAAAUUUAAUCAAAACUACAUUUUCAUGUUCGCUUUUGCCAUACACCGAGAAAAACCGGCAGUACCACAGCACCGGCAGCUUAGAUGAUGGUAAUUACAACAAUGGCGUUAUGCAAGUAAUCGAGCAUUACGCUAAAAAAAUUGUUGAUGACACUUUGGAAGUGACUCUAGGACAUACAGGCCAUCAAAUAGCAGAGGAGAGGAGGACAUUGGAAUUAAAUUCUUUUACAGAGAAGUUGACGGAGGCAUACAAGGCUUGCCGAUACUGUCAAGUAAGAGACUGCCUGUUUUGCAGCAGAGAUGGACGUCUCAAAUACCAAGGAUUUCAAAAAAGGAUGCGACAAGACUGUGAUGGUGUGGCUGGUCUUGAAAUUCCCAAAAUUCACAUAGAUUUGGAUAAGAGAGCCGUUUUUGCUGAAGAAAUGGUGUCUGCCGCAAUAGAGAAAGCCAAGAAAGAACUGAGCAGCACUAGUUUAAAUGCAGACAGUGGGAUUGGUCAUGACGGUGCAAGCUUUGCAGAAAGUCUUACCACAGAGAUUAUGACGUCCGCAUUGUCCAACGUCUGCCAAACCAUCAAUCUGAGUGCCCCUGGGAGAGAGAGUGUCAAUGUGACAGAGUCAACGGUUAGUCAGCAGCUCAAUCUGAGUGUGGGAGAUGACAGUCUUGGCAGCUGGUCUAAUUUGAGCUUUGAAGAAGACCAUCCAGAUGAAAGUAGCAGCUUCCACCACCUAAGUGACAGAUGUCAGAAUUCAUUGAUCAGGGAACUGCAGAUGAGCAGUAAUGGGAACAGCAGUAGCUGGAGCAGUCUGGGGUUAGAGGGUGAAGUUUAUGAAGAGCAUUUGUCCUUCUCCCCAUCAGACAGGUUGGUCCAGAGCACAGAGCAGGAUACUGGUGACUACACAGAGGAGAAGGAGACUGAGGCCAAGAACGACUUGGGUGGGACAGUGAGAGUAGAGAGGGGGCAUGCUCAAGCGGACAGGGCUCUGUUGGUGGUCAGUACAGAUGUUUGGGGGCAGGCCCCAGAUCCACAGCUGCGGGCAGUGCUGAAGUGGAUGGCAGCUUCCAUCGUUGAGCUGCCAUUCAUGCAGUUUAGCCAGCAGUCGGAACGAGAUCUGCAGCAGUUUCUGGCUGUAGUACAGAGGCUGAGAGAGAGAGAGUGGAGGGUUGGAGAGCUCCUGCAGGCCCUGCUCAGAUAUUACGAGGAGUACCCAACCGAGGAAGAGCCUGGGGCUGUGGACGCCAGGCGUGUCCACAGGUCCCUCUUCCAGUGGCUUCUAGAACAUGCAUAGACUACAAUCACCUGCUGCUUACAUUAGCGGUCAACACAUCGUCAGCAUUAACAGCACUGUUUUAAAGGUGAAGAUUCCUAUCACUUCACAGUGAUGUGCAAUGUACCUGCCAAAUGUAGAGGCCUAGCCAGUUGAAUGUGUCUAUGUGUGUAUUAUGGAUUGCUAGUGCACCCAUCACCACUCCAGGGGCACCACAGGACAGGCUGAUGUAAUCUCUGGGAGACCUGUGUGUGUGUGUUGUAUGUGUCACAUGUCGUGACUGAAGGUAUUUUUGUUUUUCACUUGUCACUUUUCUUUGUGUUGCUGUUUUUUUUUUUAAUUAGACUGCAUAUCACACUCUUAAUAUGCUAUCAUUUGCACCUUCCUCAGUGUUUUGCUUUCCUGCCCUAACCAAGUGUUACAGUGAAACCGAGGGCUUUUUGGUUGCGUUACUUUGUGUAAGUGAAUCCCUACAGCUGCAAAGAAGAUGAGGUCACCUCCAUACCUUUCCUCUGUGGGGAUGUUGCCACAUGUCAAAUGGACCAGCCAAGCAAACUACUUCUGCUCAUAUAUCUAUGUUCUAGGUCACUGUAGACCAAUCCGCAGACUGACAGCCAAAUUAACUCAAACACUAUAGACAUGGGCAAUUAUAGGCCAAUUAUUCAAUUAGUAGUUACUCCCUUCGGCACAUUUUUUGCCCACACACUUUCAAUAUCAACAUUUGUGGUUUCAAAAUACCUUUCCAAUGACAUGCCUCAUGGUAAAUAUUUUGACAUGUUUAAAAUAGUUGCUGUUGAAAGAAUGCAUCCAUAGAUAUUUUAUAACUAUUUUCUUCCCUUUUUUUGGUUCCUUAUUUUAGGAUGGCACUGACUAUAUGUUGAGGGUAAUGCAGCAUAUAUGUAAAUAUAUUUUUGUAUGACUGUAAAGGUUAAACAGUUGUUUACACCCAGAUGGUCUGCAUCCUGUGAAGGAUACUCCAUAACUAUUACAAUGUAUUUGUUUGAGUGCACUCGGAAAAUGUUUGAUAUACUGUUGCCAAAACAAUAAUUGAGAAACUUUUAUUUUUAAGAAUAUGGCCAUGUCAAGUAAAUAUUUAAAGUUUUGAAUAGUGGAUAAAAGACAAGCUGCUGAACAGGUAAAAUGGCUGUGUAGAACGAAGGGGACAGAAUGGUGGAUGAAUGGUGGUCAGAGGGCAGAGUCUGAACUUUAACCAGUAAAAGAUUUAUUUUUAUUUGAUUGUUUUUGUCCAUUAGUUGUUAACUGUGAUGCACAGAUGGUGAGACAUAAAAACUAUGUUGUGUACUGCUAAGAGUCAAACUCGAUGGCAUCUCGAUUACACUGUUGUACAGAAAUGAAAACUGAAAUGCCAGGGUUUUAAAAAUAUUUUUCCAAAAUUCUGUUUGUGUAAAAACAAUUGUGCUCUGUGCUCCACAUAAAUAUAUAUGUAUAUGUGUGUGUAUGUGUAUGUAUAUAUACACAUCCACAUGUAAAUUAAAUUCUACAUAGCUCUAUUUUAAAACCACAACUGAACCACAGCUGACAGUUUCUGCACUACUCAGCUGAUAAUCACCCUCCAGCAGGAAUCUGGCAACCAAAAUCUUUUAAACACUACCCCUCUCUCUCACUGCCUGCACUUUAAUGUGCACUGCUCAUGAAGGAUGCACUUUACUGUGGAAUGGCAAAGCAGACCCUUCUCACAUUUCCUUCAGAACCUCAAAAUAUUAUAUUUGAAUCUUAAUGCCCAGAUCUUGGUAAAUAUAAAACCACCAAAGUUUGUGUUAAGUAGAGUUUUAAUAUGCCUGCCUUCUGUAGAAAUCUUCUAGGGACCAGUCAUUCAGUAAAAAUACAGUGUUGCUUCACAAGUUAAAUGAGUUGAUGUGUGUAUUGCCCAACUUUGAUUCAGUUCAAAAUCGUACAGUAUGUUUAGGUUGAUCAAAUCAAAGUAGACAGUAUGGAAAUGAUUUAGGCAGUAGAAAGCGCAUCGUUUCACAUGAGCACUGUAAUACGCAUGUUAUGCUACCUGUUCAUGCUUACAUUACAUGUAUUACUAUUUAAGUGUGGAUCUUCUGUUCAUGGGAUCAUAUGUUCAGUGCUGAUUAUUUCUCAUGUGCAUGUCCUAAAGCCCAGUCAUACAGCCCAGUGGCUGCUCAUGUUAGCUGUAUGUGAAUCGCUACAGUGGAACACUGCAAAUAUAUUUCUGUUUUCAUGCUGCCAAAUCUACUUUGGACUGACACUAAUUGUGAAGGAAAUGAGGAGAGCACUAUUUUGUUUACAUGAUUGUGAAAUGUGUAAGAGAUUCUGCCAUAAACUUUGUACAGUCCCUUGAUGCUGACCGUAGUAGCUAUUAUCUAAAUCUGAACGUGGUAGAUAAAGAAAGGAUGGAUAUAUAUAUAUCUUGGUCAGUAGCCAUGAAAACAUAAGCGAUCGAAUUAAUUGAAUUGAAGUUGUACAGUAUUUGCAGUUCUGCACACUAACUUUCAGUGCUGCCUAUUUCACAGUGGGAUUGUACAUGCAUUUGUGCUCUUGCUGUAAGUGUAAACAGACAUAGAUGUGCUACCCUUGUGUACUGACUUUAUUUUAUGUACAUUCCUAUAUUUCAUGAAUGAUCUAAAUGCUUUGUGUUAUUUAAAGCUGAAUGUGUACCGCAGAGUUGACUUCAUAGUUGAAAGAUAAAUAUUUUGUUACUUGUGCAGUAUCAUUUCCAUCUCAUAGUGUAGUGGGCAGAUAACACACACUGACUGCUCUGUUUUUCUUGCUUAUUUGUAUAAUCUUGAAAGAUAUUUAAUAAUUUAUGUCAGUAUAACUUAUAAUGGUGAUUACACUAUUUGUCCCCUAGUGAAGUUGCUGAAUAGUUUACACAUUUAAAGGCUGAAGAGCACUACAAAUGUUAUUGUUAAAGCUGUGGUUAAGAAUAAAGCUUUUUCGUGUGAGCAGUGAA